CGCAUAACACCAUGAAACAUAAAUGAACUGGAAACUUAUUUUUCCGAGUCCAAUGUUCCAGUAUUUCCGUUUGGAACAUGAACUGUUCUUCGAUAAAAAUAUUUUCGUCUCUUCUUAUCAGACAAAAUAUGUGUAAACAUGUCUCCGCAAUACCACAUCUGUUCUUUGUUCUCUGCAAUACACACCAUAAUCCAUUGUUGCAGAGUAGCAGACAUCGAGGAGUAUAACAACAAAAAACAUUUCAUAUUUGUUACUAUACACACAAUGAUGUAGAGCUCCAGUAUUUAAUCACACCGACACGGUUUUAAUAAAACAAAAUGUGAAUUUAUGAAUUGUAAUAUGGAUGUACACUUAUCGGAUUGAUAAAUUUAUAUAUCUCUGCCGUUUAUAUAGAUAAAAAACGAUUUUUUUUGUUUGAUUUUUUUUUCGUUACGAUUGCUACCGUGUCAGUUGAUACGACAAGAGUUGAUUGUAAAAAAUAAUAAUUAUAAACCAAAUCAAACAGAGUGAUUAGUGUAAACUUGAAAUUAAGAUUUCAUUCGAAUUGGAGAUACCGAAUUCGUGGUUCUAUUAAAAGAAUAUUUUGUUUAUUAUUGUGUGAUCGCUUGAACUGUUUAUCCGUAUCGUUUGGUGCUGUGGAAGCUUCUACUAUCAGAGAAGAAGCACUCCAAUAGUAAAUUAACAAAAGAAGAACCAUGAUCGUUAGGUGACAAAAAAUUCAAUAAAAAAGAUCAAACCUUUACGACCAAAACAUGGACAGCAUCAGGAAAUUUUUUAAAAAACAUAAGAAAAUCACAAACAUACCGGACGAUGGACUGGAAACGGAAGCUGAAUAUUCAGCACGUUGGCUGUCCAUUCGAAUAAUUUAUUUCACAAUGUUUCUGAUGAGUCUGGGAUUCAGCGUCGUUCUGACCGGCGUAUGGCCAUUUUUGGAUAAAUUAGAUCCCAAUGCUGGAAAAGAAUUCAUGGGAUUGGUGGUUGCAUCUAAUCCAUUCGGACAAAUGCUGUUCAGUCCGCUGUUCGGAUGGUGGGGAAAUAAAAUUAAAUCUGUUCGGAUACCGUUAUUUUGUUCCAUAGCCAUAUUCUGUGUGGCCAGUGCCAUGUACUCAACUUUGGAGUACUUUCCCUCGGCAACUGUAAAAUAUUGGAUGUUGCUAUCUCGUUUCCUGGUUGGUGUUGGAUCAGCAAACAUCACGCUGUGUCGAUCAUAUCUUUCCGAUUCGACGCGGUUGGCGGAACGAACUGGAGCUGUUAGUAUGGUUUCACUAGCUCAAGUUUUAGGAUUUAUCGUUGGGCCAGCUCUGCAAGCUGUUGUAACACCAUUAGGCGACAAAGGAGUGUCUUUCCUGCCUGGUUUGAAUAUGUACACGGCUGCUGGAUGGUUAAAUGUGUUUAUGGCAAUCGGAAACUUUUGUCUAUUUUUGCCAAUAUAUUUCAAGGAAAAGCGGAUAGCCGCCAAGGAAAUCAUGAAACUGCAGGGCAAACAAACAGAAAAAGAGACGUGGAAGGGAAUCAAACCAGAUUACUUUUCGUGUUGGACGUUAAUCGUGGCAUUCUUUGUGUUGGUCUUUAAUUUUGUGUUGUUAGAAACAAUUGGUACUUCACUGACAAUGGAUCAAUUCGCUUGGACCAAGACUGAAGCGUUGCGGAACAUGGGCAUUCUCAUGUCGGUUGGAGCUGUAAUUGCUUGCGUAACCUUUGUUGCAAUAGACCCUUUGUGCAAAAGAUUUGAUGAGCGAUCAGUCCUCUUAUGGGGUGGCUUUUUCCUGAUGGCGAUUGGUCGAUUAGUGUAUAUACCCUACGGUGAUCAUCUUCCCCAAAUGGCUACCAAUUCUUCUUUUGUCGUUGACAAUAUCACAAACGCCACUGAAACAAUCGGAUGUCCACUAUCCCAGGAAUGGUGCCUGACAACACCCGCUUUAACAAUGGUCCAAUUCUUGGUGGGCUACUUUUUGACAUGCAUCGGAUAUCCCAUUGGUGUGACGCUGAUUCAAACCAUAUUUUCGAAAAUUCUUGGUCCCAGACCGCAGGGAGUUUGGAUGGGCAUGAUCACCGGUUCGGGAUGUUUUAGCAGAAUUAUGGGACCAGUGUGCGUUGGAUAUGUAUAUACAAGGCAUGGAACUUAUGCGACGUUUGGUUUUACUACUGUGAUGAUGAUUGUUGCGCUGUUAUGGCUGCUGAUUUUUAGAGAUAAACUUCUUGUGCCAGAAGUGGAGAAGCAAAAACGAACUGACGUUGAAAUGGAUGAUUUGACUGAGGAAAGUGUUGGGCUGACUAACGAUAAUAAGAAUAAUGCAAUUGUUGCUUCCAAAUGAGGAAAUGUUUUUUUUUAAAGAUUUAUAUUAUACCAAAUGUUACACA